CAAACAAUGAACCUCACAAUUGCAUAUCUCCGAAUGGUCGGAUACUGGAGCCACCCCGAUCGCCCUUUCCGCCCAACUCAGGCCAUCUGUCUGAUCGGUGUGGUUCUGUUUUGGAUCGUAAUUCCUGAACUGGUGUACAUCAUGAGACAGGAGCCCAACUUCGUUACCUUCGUGAGGAACUUAGCGGAAAUCCUCAUCAUCGGUAUUGCCGUUCCGCAAGCCUCGAUCGCCUUGGUGCAUCGUCCGUUGAUCGAGGAAACGUACUCCGAAAUACAAUCAAGCCUGGAAACAGUUUCAACGGAUCCAUACAGAGAUAUUCAAAGAGUAAUCAGGAAAUUGAAAACGUUCUCGGAGUGGAUUUUCAAAGGAUAUAUUGGAGGCGAGGUGGCACUAGCUGGCCCUUACUUCCUGUCAAUACCCGUUACGAUCAUUCUAAAAUAUUUUAUUACUGGGGCUUUACCACCAUUACGAGGAGUGUUCGAGGCUGAUUACCUUCUUUUCGAUUAUCAAGCCAACGUAUGGCUGUGGUUCAUAACCGUCGUUAUAAACUUAACUUCUAUGUCGUAUGUGAUUCUAUUCUUGGUGUCAAGCCAUUGCAUCUCUUGGAGCUUGCUGCAUAAAGUUUCUGGAUUGUUGAAAAUAAUAAGCUUAAAAAUUGGGCGCCUGAAUGAGUUUGUCGAGGAUGUAAAACGACGCGAGGAGCUUACAGAGAUAAUAGAGCUGCAUGAGGUUGCAUACAGAAGUGCUAGAGCUUUGGAAAAGUCGCUGAACGUUUUCAUGCUGAUGCUGUAUGGAAUGUGCAUUUUGAAUCUCUGCGUGACAAUGGUGUCGCUUUCUUUGCCAAACAACGACCGUGAUUUACUGCUUAAAAUGUUGGUAAUCUUGGUGUACAUCCUUUUUCACAUUUUCGUCUACUCCAUGCUCGGAACGGAACUCAUGUAUUCGAGCACAUUAGUCGCAGAAGCAUUCUAUGGAACACAUUGGUACAUGCGAUCAGUAAGCGAACAACGAAUCAUCCUAUUUGCGUUGACCAGAUCGCAAAAGAUGGUGAUGCUGACAACGGGGAAAUAUUUUCCCGUCAAUCGUACAACAUUUGGCAUGGCAUUGAGAACUGCUUUGUCGUAUUUUGCUGUACUGCGUCAGGUUUAUGGCGCCCAGUAGGAUCUACUCUUCAAAUCACAGUCAAUGAUACACUGAACCAUGAUUUCCAGGUUUAGGCAUACUUAAUUCCUUUUCAGCACCAACAUCCAUCAUCACCUACCACAAUCCAUUCAUUCAUAAUUGAACAAGCAUGGCAAUAUUUAUACUUAUAAAAUUAUGUAUGAAUGUUUUGUGGAAUAACUUAAUCUUGCAUAUGAAGUAAGGCAAAUACAAUCUGAGAAUUAUA